AUAAACCCUUUCAACUUACAUGCAUAUCAACCUCGCUUUAAUUUACAUCGCGUUUCUCUACAUGGAAAUAACAAAAAAACAAGGAAAAUAAUCGUUUUUGUUAACCGCUACAAACAAACAUUAAUUUUCAUCCAGAUCCAGUAUCCCCAGUAUUAAUCUGCCCAGUAUAAGUUAAACAUUCGAACGAAAAGGAUGUUCUUUAAACUAUUUCCCUUCACUCUUGUUACAUUAAUAACGCUCACUACAUUCAAAGUCAGUUAUAUCGCCAAUGGCCCGUGUGUUCGGCAAUUAACACAACCAUUCAACAUUAGCGAAGAGCCUACUUGGGAUGAUCGAAUUAAAUUGUUAUAUUUUGUUGACAUACUGGCCGGAAGAAUAUAUUCUUAUGAUCCUGUAACAACAAUUUUGAAUCAUAUUCAACUGGACGGUUAUGUUACACCCAUUAUUCCCACAGUGCAUGAUACCCAUGUAUUUGUGGCAGGGCUAAAUAGAACGCUUGUUGCUAUACGAUGGUAUCCUAAAGGUAGCAGAUUGGAAGCUGUUGGUACUCUUACAACAGUGGCAAAACAAUUUCCAUCUAGUCAAUUCAACGAUGGAAAAGCAGAUGCCAAAGGAAGAUUGUGGAUAGAAAUUUUUAUAGGUGGGGGAGAAGUUCAUCAAAUACUGACAAUGAGUAGUUUAUAAGAAAUCUACGACGUUCAUCUGCAAUUAGUUACUUAAAGCUAACAGUCUUAUUACUUACCUAUUACAUAACAAACCUAAUAGAUUUGCUUUAGUACAUAGCGCUAAUAUAUCUACUAUAUGCGUCGUUUUAAUUAUAAUUAUCUUCAAAAAAUAAUAUUUUUUGGUACUUUCAACACAAAAUCAAUACUAAAAACUAGACAAACAAUAAAUGUAAUCGUG